GCCGGCGUCCGCCGCCGCCGCCAUGGGAGCGGAGCAGAGCGCGGAGGCCGAGAGCCGCUCGGGCGAGCCCAGCGCCUCAGCAUCUCCGUCACCAGCCAAGCAGCGAGCAAAAAUGGAUGACAUCGUGGUGGUAGCCCCAGGAACGCAGUCCUCCCGGAAUGUCAGCAAUGAUCCAGAUGUCAUAAAACUGCAGGAAAUUCCAACUUUCCAGCCCCUUUUGAAAGGACUCCUCAGUGGGCAGACCUCUCCGACCAACACCAAACUGGAAAAGCUGGACCCCCAGCAGGUGCUGCAGCUGUGUCUCCGGUACCAAGAUCAUCUUCACCAGUGUGCAGAAGCAGUUGCCUUUGAUCAGAACGCACUCGUGAAGCGGAUCAAGGAGAUGGACCUCUCUGUGGAAACUCUUUAUAGCUUCAUGCAGGAGCGUCAGAAGAAGUAUGCCAAGUAUGCGGAGCAGAUCCAGAAGGUCAACGAGAUGUCUGCCAUCCUCCGGCGUAUACAGAUGGGCAUCGACCAGACGAUCCCACUGAUGGAGCGGCUGAACAGCAUGCUGCCAGAGAGCGAGAGGCUGGAGCCCUUUAGCAUGAAACCCGACCGGGAGCUAAAGUCUUAGCUGAUCUGGCAGGCUCCCCCUCCUCACCUUCCACGCUCCAGCGUUCAGCGCAGACGCGCUUCCAACGGGCUGGACUGGCAGAUGUUUGAAGCGGACGGCAGUGCUGCCUGACUCUCUGCCAGGGCAUCAGAGGAAGAGCAGCGUCAGCUGCCAGAACUGCGCAGCCAGGAAUCCAGGAGCUCCCCAGUCCCGUCAUCUGGAGAAGAUGAUUUACCGUUCUUUCAUCUCCCUCCUCGUGCCCUCCUGUCUCCUUUACCGCUACUACCACCUGUGCUGAGACAUUUGUUUCAUUGCUGUGACUUAGAUUGGGGUUUACAGAGGAGGACCUGUCUUUCAUCUGAUUUCUGUUUUUUUACUAGGAAAAUUCAAAGGGAUACGGGGUGUGACAAACCCUCUAACAUGGUUUUUGUGCCACUGGGGUUUAGACAAUUAGAUGGCUGGCAGGUAUUUCUGAGAUGUCCUGGCCUUGGAAAUGUGUGUAUUUUAUAGGUGAAAGUGUGGGAGCCAGGAACUGGCUUAUUAAAAUCUGCCUAUUAUCAUAAUUAACAUGGUUUGCAUGGCAGGGUUUUGGCAUGUCCUCCUCGAGGCUUCUGUUUUUAUGGGCUCGCUAAUUUAUGAGGCUGUAAAGGAAUAACUGUUCCAGAUACGUAUGUCUGUUAAUGUUAAGCAAGCCUUAGCGUUCCUCUCCCCCUUGCCCUGGCAGUGUCCCUGUGCCCCAGCUGGUGGCAUUUCGUGUCCUUCACCUUGCACAGUGAUUCUGACAGGUGCUGGCACCGACCUGCUCACUUUGCCUCCCAAAGUUGGACGUGAGGUGUCUUUUUUUAUUUUUACUGGGACACUCCAGUUAUCUCGGUGCUGUCUUUUCUACCAGAGGGUUGCAGUUGUUUCUUUACCUUCAAGUGCAUGGGCUUGGAGGGGGGAGACACGAGAAGUCCUUUGGGUCUUUGCGUUGGCUUAGCUGCCGUCAUGCCAAGAGUUUGCCUGAGCACGGUGUUUAAUGACUGAACCCACGUGGCCCUUUGGGACCGUGCUCAGCAAACUGCUCCAAAGGCAACAGGAUGUUCUUGCCUUCUCCCAAGCCGAGGGCCCUGCUGGAAGGCAGACGGUGUGUCCGUGCCACCCGGGUGAUGGGCUGGCCUGUAGGAGACGGGUUUGGUUGCCAAGUCUGUCACUGGUCGUCUGGCUGCAGGCAGUUUGCAGCACCUCUCCGAGCUUUGGUUUCUCCCUGUAUAAAACGGGGAUAUUUUACAUGCUGCUGUAAAAAUAUUUACGGAUCUAGAAAUAGGGUUUAACAGCUGGUGUUGCCAUUGCGUGGCAGUUCUUGUCUGCAGCAGAAAGAGCAUGAAACCAGAAGUGAGGAGCCCUUGGUUUGCUGGGUCAGGUGUAGGUUUGUGUGUGUUACAUUAGCCCCAGGAUGCUGUUGCUGGCAAGGAGGCUGAAGCAUGUCCAGGAGCCCCAAGGGUUGUUGUAUGUCAGGACCGCGAUUCCGGUGGUGAGGACAGUCCUCUUUGAGAAAGUCAGUGACAGCCCAUCUUCCAGUAGAGCACAAGGCUAAGUGACUUGCCAAAGGCAGCUUGCUUCGAUGCCUCUUAGUACGUAAGAGUACUUAAUCAGCAAAAGAUGGUCUCUGACCAUUUGGGAAUAAAAGCGCGGUAGGUUUUUGAUGGUACUAAUUACUGCCUGGUGGCAGGAAGCAAUUGGCCAUGCUCUUGUUGCAUUCCCAAAGGCCAUGUAGCCUAGAGUCGUUUUUUGUGAUGCAGACUGCAGCCAACUUAGAUGUGUAGCUGAACCAUAGCGGUGACUGGACCCCAGGGCCUGCUGAACACUGUCUGAAAGCAGAAUCCCAUAGAAAUGAUGCCCUGGGAAGAGUGACUGACUGCUUCAGAGAGGGCAAGGAACUCAGCAGAUUUUCUAGUAAAGGCAGCAGUGGGCCUCUUUGUCUGCUGUUUCCACCCCAGUUGUUGUUACGUGGUUGUGUAUAUGUAGGUGUACGCUGUAUGUUGCACAGGAUAUAACAUCAGGCUUCCAUCCUUGCUCAUGAGUCCUGCAGUAUUUUACACUUGGUUUGUUAAAAGCUUACAUGAGACUUAACAACCCAUGAAAACCUGCUUGUCAUGGCCAUGCCCAUGAGUGUCCUCAUUGUCCAUCACAGAAUAUGCCUCUGCCUCCCACCAUCAGACACACCAGAAUAUUCAGCAGCUUUAAAUAGCGCCUGCAGGCGUUUUUGUCCUCCUUGUCCAGAUGAUGCUGUCUGGAAGUUUAGAAUGUGCGACAUUCAGCCGUCUGCCAGACGGGAUCAUGAAUAUCCCACACCCUGGCAUGCUGGAAGCCUAUACUGGUGGGAAGAUCCUGAUAUUGGAUCUCGAGGCAGGGGCUAGGCUGCAGAUGCUCUCUCCUGUAAAGCUUCUAGACAUCUGGCCUCACGCUAUUAAGUAUCGGAUCAAAGCAUUGCUUCUUGCAGGGCUAAUGAGGGCAAGCGAAUAGUAUUCCUAUCUGAAAGCUGCAGGAGCGAGGGCUGCAAAUCAGUUCCUUCUUUAUUUGCUAUAAAACACCUAGACAUUGGCGGAUAAUGGGAGAAAAAUGCUUGUUCCUAUGAACGCUGGCCUUUAAGCUUGUGGCUAUGCUGCUGGGCCUCCCAGCUAGAGCUUUCUGAGCAGCAAGGGUAAAUUGUGAAAAACAUUAAUAGCUUAAUGAGAAAGAAAUCAGAGCUGAAACGUGAAGGCUGACCUCUUCCAAAGCACACGGAUCAUCACCUUCAUUCCACAGGUGAUAAAGUGUUGUAUGGGUACCGUAAGAUAGUGUGCACCCUCUAACUGUUCUCAAAUGAUGGUUUACAGUUUUAUUUAAAACAUUGUCACUGGCUUCGUUAACUAUAAGUCUUUGGACCUCUCACCGAGGGGAGGAUGUUUCCUGCCGCAUCUUCUUGAGCUGCUGUUUGUUGCUUGGCUGCUCCUCAUUUGCCUUGCUCUGUGUGCUGCUGUCAGCUCCAUCUCGGAUGCAGGUGAUGCUCAAGGUGAGACACUUGCUUUGCUCCCUUUCCUGCUGUCUAGCAGGAGAUUUGAGAUGUGACUGGAAUUACCUUUCUGCUUCUGAAUUUCCUUUUCCAAGCCAAAUGCUGUUGGAGAAGGCCUCAGGUAUCUCUCACGAAUGUACUAGCCGUUCCUUCCACCACAAAGUUAGUGCUAUGAACAGAGAAUAAUCUGGUGUGCUCCACUGAAAACAAACAUUUCUGCCCUUUUCUGCUUACUGAGGUGGUGUGUGGUGUGUGGUACAGGCUAAGCUGCUUGAUACACAGUCUUCUGAAAAGCCGGAGAACAGGGUGAGUCUCUGGGUCUGUGGUUGCCCGCUGGCCUGAGCUGCUCUGGUUCUUCCCCCGAUUCUGCUGUUGCGACCCUCUCCUUUGUGCUGCCGCUGGUGCUUGUUGCAUCCUACGCUGGUCAGUGUGCUACACGCGCAGAAGAGGUUCGCUUUGUUGUUUCUGUUGUUUUUGCAAUCUAAUGCAUUGACAGGGUGCUCAAGUGCCAACCUAUCUGCAGGGCAAUUUCUGUGAAGAUCUGGUGAAGGGGACAGAAAAGAGUUUUUGGU